CAGGCACCAACUUGGCUGCCCCUAGAAGCUGCUUUUUGGUAGUUACAAACAAACAAAAACCCCAGUCCCACUCAGCGGUUAGGCACCUUCCCAAGUACUAUGAUUUCACUGGGCGGAGAAAUUAAUUUGGAGCCCAGGAGAGCGGGAGGGGAUUGUCAAACCAUGAUCCCACCUAACUUAAAAUUCGCCUCGGAUACACUUUAACCAAAUCGAGCUCUCUUUCCCACAUACUUUACAUUCUGCAAAAUCCCUCCGUCCCGAAUUCUUGCCAUCCAGUCCGCUCAGGUCUAAUCCGAAGAAUUUGCGGGAACAUCGAGGGGAGGGGGCGGGGAGGGGGCUGAACCCCCUACGUGAGCUCCCUACUGCCUGCAGAAGACCCCGUCUCAACAGAAUUCGUUCACCGGAGGGGCCCCAGAAAGCGUUAUCUCCUGGAUGGUGGAAAGAUCCGUAUUUCCAGUGGUUUUGCAUAUUCAGUAUAAGAAUUUGCUCUUUUUUUAUUUUUAAGGGCGUAGUUAUUUGCAACGUGGUACAAAUGAGGCCAAGGACUCGGGUCCGAAUCCAGAACCCAGCAGUACCAGCCCCCCCCAGCUCUCUCUCCCCAACACGCGCGCACACACACACACGCGCACAAGCACACGCACACAGAAUGCACUCCUCACCUUGGCCAGCUGUGGCGCCAACGCAGCCCUGGCUCCCCGACGCCAGGCCGGUGCGCGAGGGAGGGCUGGGUGGAAGAGUGCGAGAUUUCGGUCGCGCGCAUCCCCGCAGUGGGCCACAACCGCCUGCAAACCCGGCCGUCCGCGCCCGCCCGUCUGCCCGUGCGGGAGUGGGCAGGUUAGGGACCCCGGGCGUAGAGCGUUGCUCCUUGGCACCCUGCUCUGUGGGUUGGGGAACGAGAUGAAGACAGCUCUUUCUUGGGCUCCCAGGGGCCCUCAGCCAAUCAUGCGUUUCCCAAAAGAUCUGCGCAACAGGAAGAUGAGUGGGCUUCGCCCAGCCCAGACUCGACACUGAGGGGAAAGAAUCAGAGAUCCCGUAUGGACGCGCGAGCCCUCUCCACACAGCCCGCUUCGUAAAGUGCGCAGACCGAGGGCACUAGCAAAUUCCCCAGUCGAGUGGUAACCCUGGGUUUCCAGAGUUUGGACAGGGGAGUCUCCCCGGAGUUCCCUGGCGCUGGUCCCGCACAGCCCAGGCCUGAAUCAGCGUCUAGGCUACUUAGGAGCUACUCCCACUUAACUCAGCCCUGGCAACGCCACCUUCCCUUGCACGGGGGGAAGGGAAGUGGAGGUGGGUGGGUUAGUGUUUCAGCUUCCAAGGGCAGCAUUUCUGAGGGGAUUCCCUCUACUGGCAGGACACAACCAAAGCCAAAACAAUAAAAUAUAAAACACACGGACACACACUGCACCAAGGUGCCUGCACUCUACGCUUGCUGGCUGGCUGGGGCGGAGCAGGCGCAUGGCUGGUAAUUUGACUCCGGCGCCCCUUCGUCCCCUCCCAGCUACCCCCAUCUCCCUUUUGGCAACACCGCCCCCAGGCGCUAAGGCACCUCUACUACAGCGGGGCUCUCCUUCCCUUGCAAAUAACAUAUUUGUGAUUCACCGGUGGCCUUGGAUGUCUCCGGUCAAAGAAUUGCCCAAAGGGGGGAUUUCAGCACCUUUAAGGAAAUGUUUGGGAGACUGGCAGAGCCUUGAGGCUCUUGUGUGGGCAGCCACCUGUUUCCACCGAUGCUCAAGGCUGAGACUUCCGGGACCCUCCCUGUAUGGCAAAGCUGACUCAGGAGCCUUUAAUCGGAGGAAACGAAACUCCAUCUAUGUCACUGUGACUUUGCUUAUUGUGUCCGUGUUAAUUCUCACGGUGGGCCUCGCCGCAACCACCAGGACCCAGAAUGUGACUGUUGGAGGUUAUUACCCGGGAGUUAUUCUUGGCUUUGGAUCGUUCCUUGGUAUCAUCGGAUCAAACCUCGUGGAGAACAAACGGCAGAUGCUGGUGGCUUCCAUCGUCUUUAUCAGCUUUGGUGUGAUUGCAGCCUUUUGUUGUGCCAUAGUCGACGGGGUCUUCGCUGCCAGACACAUUGAUCUGAAACCACUCUAUGCUAACCGAUGCCACUAUGUGCCCAAGACAUCCCAGAAGGAAGCUGAGGAGGUGAACUGCCCUCACCUCAGCCGUGGAUUCUGCACACCUCGCAUCCGGGGCAACACCUGCUUCUGCUGUGACCUCUACAACUGCGGCAACCGGGUGGAGAUCACGGGUGGCUACUAUGAGUACAUUGACGUCAGCAGCUGCCAGGAUAUCAUCCACCUCUACCACCUGCUCUGGUCCGCCACCAUCCUCAACAUCGUCGGCCUCUUCCUGGGCAUCAUCACUGCCGCUGUCCUGGGGGGCUUUAAGGACAUGAACCCAACUCUCCCGGCACUGAACUGUUCUGUUGAAAAUGCCCAUCCGACUGUUUCUUACUACGCUCGUCCUCAAGUGGCAUCCUAUAAUACCUACUACCAUAGCCCUCCUCACCUGCCACCUUAUUCUGCUUAUGACUUUCAGCAUUCCAGUGUCUUUCCAUCCUCCCCUCCCUCUGGACUUUCUGAUGAGCCCCAGUCUGCCUCUCCUUCGCCCAGCUACAUGUGGUCCUCGAGUGCUCCACCCCGAUACUCUCCACCCUACUAUCCGCCUUUUGAAAAGCCACCCCCUUACAGCCCCUAAAGAGGAAUGUCUGCUGGCUAUUGAGAUUAUUGUGGCUUUUGUAUUUCUGCUUUAGUGGAAGUGUGUAGGGUACAAACUUUAAAGUGUGAUUCUUAUGCAUAAAGUUUUGCAAUGGCCUGCCAGGCUAAGGAAAGAUAGGGAAGAAGCUUAUUUGUUAUCAGUGCAGAGCAGGGGUGGCUAGACUGAGCCCAGCACUUCCAAGAAGGGCAGCGCAAGGCUGGAGAGCCAUCCCAGCGAGCAGCUUGUCUUGUUUGGACCUGCAUUACCCUAUGGCCCCGCCUCUGUGUGCAGCAGGAGUGUGGUUACCAUCUGCUUCACUUUGUGGAAAUGCAGUGUUGUCCUCCGGCCGUUGGCAGAUCGCCACCCUAGCACCUUGGUUGAAGCGCCUGGCUUAUAGGCCCUGUCUUUCCCUACCACUAAAGUCAGUCCCUAAGGAAAAUUUCCCAGAUGAUGGGGCUACACGGUAGUUCCAAUGCAGAGAGUUCUAAGAUUUUGUUUGCUUGUGUCUGGAUGCUGAAAAAAGCUGCCCAUGUCUUACUCCUUUCUUCUCUGUAUUGUAAAAAUGGCUAUUGUGAUCAUUCAGCUCAGCUUUUGUGAUUGGUACCUCCCAAAGGGAAAAGUGCAAUAGUCCUUUGAGUAGUGGGGAACAGGAUUGAUUGUUCAAGAAGCACUGAAAUACACAGAACAACAUGUACGAUGUUUUAAGAGGAUCUCAGUUAUACAUCGGGUAACUUAGGAGAUAGCGGUUCUACUACAUGUUGCAUUUGCUGCAGGAGAUACAAAUCUUAUGGUUAAAAUUGAGUUCAAAAGUGCUAGAUUAGGUUCUUGGGUCGUGUUAUGAUUGUUACUAAUCUUUGUGACUGUUUAUCUUCAAAUGUUGUGCUUCAAUCCCAGCAAACCGCACGUAUCCUGCACCCCACCCCAAAAGAAUCAUCUGUAUUUUAAUGCCACUGCUCUUAUUGGUCCUUUUUUCUGUUGAGACCAAUCAUGACAGCGUUCAAGAUUAUGAAAGUGUUACAAUGCUGCUUUGUCUGCAAUACCUCAAAUGUAGCCAACUUGACAAAUUCUUAAGUGUUAUCGUAGAUUUAAAAUCCAUCUGGCACAUUGUGGUAGGUAUUUGUACAGUUCUUUUAAUUAUACAUAGCUUUAAACCUCAAUCUGAUGAAUUUAACACUUCGGCACCAUGCCUUCACUUCAGAAUGAACACUUUCAUUGUGAUCUUAUGUUAACCUGAGAAUCGAUUGAUUUAAAGGAAGAUUGAUAAUCCUACACUUGUACAACAUAAAAAUAUAGGGCUACAGGAGGGUACCUAAUUAGACAGUUCUGCAAACACAGAACACAUACAGGAAAAAUUUCCAGCCAAUUUCGCUACCUCCCAACUUCAUGGAUUAGCGGUAGCAGGCAAAUGCUGGUGCUCUCAUCUACCUUGUAGACACCCAGCCAUCAAGAUUUACCAAGGUACAACCAGUGUGCUCAUUGUUCACAGUAAAUGUUUGCAAAACAGUUUCUUUCGGCAUCACGACUGAUGUCUCAUCUGGAUUUCAAAUCUGAACUACAAUCCUUUUGCGUUAUAUAAAGUUACUAUUAUUUUCUACAGUUCUGAGCAUAUUAAAAUUCUACUGGAUUUCAAAAAGGGACUAAUAACCAAUUGACUUACUACACAAAUAUCAACUUGUAAUACUCAAUGAAAUUUCUUGCUGUUUACACUUUACAUUUUGCUUUAGUGAACGUGUAUGGGUAUUUAAUUUUUUUAAAGGCACCAUUACAUAGUAUAUCCUACAUUUAUCACAUUUCUUAAAGUGUUAAGAUUCUAUGACUCAUUUCUAUGUAUUUUUCUUACUUUACAGAGUAACUUGAAACAGUAUAGAUUUUGUAACACUUAAUUUGAGCAGCUUCUUUUUUUAUCACAUUGAACUAUAAAAAGUGCAUGUUACCUUAGAAAAGUUAAUAUUUGCUGCUUUACUCUUUUGCAAAAACAUUUGCUGUAAUGAAGGAAUUUGUAUUUCCAAAAUGUACCUUGACUGCAUUUUGUAAUAUUUACCGCUUUAUUCCUAAUUCUGCUUUAAAGUAUUGAACUGGGCAUGAAACAUUAAAAUAUUAAUCCAGAACCUGUAUAACUGGAUAUUGCUUAAAAUCUGUAUCACUGCCAUGUUGGAAACCCAGACUGCUUUUGUGAUGUUUCAAAUUAAUAAAACUAUCC